AACUGAAAUAGUUCUUUCUAAAAAUAAUUAGGAGCUUCGGGAGAAAAACUGGAAAGCAAUGGAAGCUUUGACAUCAACUGAAAAAAUGUUACAGGACAAAGUGAACAAGACAGCCAAGGAGAAAGAUCAACAAGUUGCUGCUGUACAGUCACUGACGAAAGAUGUUUUGAAAGGUCUAUUUCCUGGAGUGUUGGUGCCUUCUGCCUUGGAAUAUUCAGAAUGGCUGCAGGAGUUUGAGAUUGUAGCACAAAGAAGUUUGUCUUCGUUGCUAGCAGAACAAACAAAGGUCAUAGAACACAAAGAAAAAGAAAGUGAGGAGAUGCAUGCGAUGUUACAGUUAGAGUGUGAAAAGUACAAGACAGUACUUGCUGAAACGGAAGGAAUUUUACAGAGGUUGCAAAGCAGUGUUGAAGAGGAGGAAGGCAAAUGGAAAUUGAAACUGGAAGAAUCUCAGAAGGCAUUAAUACAGAUGCAGUCAACAGUUCGCACAUUAGAACAAGAGUUAGAAAUGGUGAAGCGUGCAAACACUGAAGCUGAAAGACUUAAGAAACAAAAUAAUCACCUUGCAUCCGAGUUGGAAAAGGUGGAAUCAGAGAGAGCGACUUGUGUAACUGAAGUCAGAGAACUCAAAGUUCUGUUGACUGAAUUACAGAAAAAACUUGAUGAUUCUUGUGCUGAAGCAAUAAAGCAGAAUGAAGAACUAAAUUUGCUUAAAACUCAGUUAAGUGAAACAUUAACAAAACUGAAAGUUGAGCAGAAUGAAGCACAGAAUGUGGCUUCCAGUCUUUAUAAGGCUCAAGAAACUUUGAAUGUUAUUCGGGCAGAAAUUGCAAGAACUAAGAGAGAUGACAAUGCCUUAGCUAACAGUGACAUUUCAGAAGUGCAGUUAAAUGUCAAGGAAACCUCUUUGGAUCUUGAUCAGGAUAUAAUUCAACUUCAGCAACUACUGAAAUGUAUGAUUCUUCAGCUCUCAAAAGGAAAGGAGAGUUCACAACAUGUUACUUUACAGCUUGAUCAAAAGGUGCCUAGAGUGCUGAAGGAAGAAGACUCUGUUUGAAGAUGGUGCUAUGGUUUGCACCUUGAUUUGCCAAAUUAAAGCCUUAUUUAUGUUUCUUGCCCUUCUUAAUUGUCAGACACUGAAUAGAGCUUUACUUUUGUGUGUUUUUUUUUUAAAUAUUGGAUUAAACUACUGAUUCAAAAAUAUUGUAGGCAGCUUGAGAGUUUUUAGUUUUCUAAAACAUGGUAUCCAGUCUUUACAUUCCUAAAUACAAAUAAAUUCUUUACAUUUUUUGCUAAAUGCCAAUGUUGGCUUCUGGCAAAUAUAAUUUGGGCAAAACCAGGAGCUAAAAUAAUAAAUCUAGCAACAAAUUUUCUUUCAGGUUAAAUUUAAAACUAUCAGGGUUUAGCUGCUGACUUUCAGCACUACACACAUGUUGCUAACAUAGAAAAUCUGAAGAAUGUUAUAAUAGUGAACCUAAGUAAAAGGAUGCUUAUUUUUCAGCCAAAAGACUUAAAAGUUCAACUUCAGUAUGGUCAGAUGAAAUGUUAAUGUAGAUAGCAGUCUGCCAGUUGAUUUCUGUACCUGUCCCUCUUAUGAGCAUCAAAUACUGUUGAACAAUCAGCAAUAAACGGUGAAUGUUCAACUACUGCUGAUUUAACAGUGCAAACUCUUUCUAUUAAGUGGGCUUCUCAUACAGUCGACCAGUCGUGCAUUGGAGGCAUUUGUGGCUGCAUACCCAAGCUGCUAGUUUUAAAAAAUGGUUUAUAGAUGGGGGAAGAAGGGUAAACCGUUCAAAUUAAUGCUGCUUUGAUAUUUUACUGUUUUCUUUAAGAUAAAAUUGAAACCAAGGAGCUGCCAUUUUAAUAAAGUUAUGAACUGUAAAUAAGGCCUGUGUAAAAAUGAGGGAAAAAUAAAAUCUCCUUUUGCGUCUUA